AUGGUGGUGGACGAUGAAGAGGAGAUGAUGGUGGAGGAGGUGGAGGAGGAGAAAAAGGAGGAGGAGGAGGAGGAGGUGGUGGCGAUGUUGGUGGUGGUAGGAGAACCAGCCUCCGCCAGUCCAUCCACGUAUGCGAGCAAGUCUACGAAAGGCGCCAGCAAACUUCGAAGGGACCUGAUAAACGCCGAAAUCGCGAAUCUACGUGACUUACUGCCGUUGCCGCCCUCGACACGCCAGAGGCUUUCCCAGCUGCAACUUAUGGCCUUGGUCUGCGUGUUCCUGCGAAAAGCCAACUACUUUCAGCAAGCGCUGAAAAACUGUCCAUCCGAAUCCUCGAAUAUUCCAACACCUAACAUAGGAUUCUCAAAAGCGAUGUCCGGCUUCAUCAUGAUGAUGACGCAGCAAGGGAAAUUGUUAUACAUAUCGGAAAAUGCGGCGGAUUAUCUUGGACAUUCCAUGGAAGAUUUGCUCAUUCACGGCGACAGCGUGUACGACGUGAUUGACAAGCAGGAUCACAUGGUCGUGCAGACCCAAUUAUCCAGGAACAGUCCCGUCCCCAGUGACAGAAGAUUGUUCCUCUGUCGCAUCAACGUGUCGAGGAAUUCUCGCAGGCAACUACGAUUUGGUGAUCAAAAGGUAGUCCUCGUAGAGGGUCACUUUUUGCCGUUCGUCCCGGUCUGCAAUCGCAAUGAGUUCGUCUUCUUGGCCUCGUGCACUCCAGUGGUCCUGCCGGAGACCAGAGAGAGCAUUGUCCAGGGUGCAACGAACAUCUUCACCACGAUUCACUCGAUGGACAUGAAGUACCUGCACAUCGACAAAACCGCGGAAAGUCAUCUAGAGUACACUCGUGCCGAGCUGGUCAACGUAUCCUGGUAUAAUCUACUUCAUUGGGACUCCAUAAGGACGGCCUAUUGCAAGCAUCAGACUGUCAUCCAGUCCGAUCAGGAGCGCUCGACUACCGCUCUGUUGAGGCUACAAAGCCGCUCCGGGAGGUGGUUCUGGGUCCACUGCGUAUUGCAGGUCAAGGACACUUCCGACGAAUGCCAGCAUCCCAUCAUCGUUUGCACGAAUCAAGUCCUGACAGAUAAGGAGGCGGAAGUGAUGCGCUCCAGUUCGUGGCUGUACCAGUAUUCGUCUCAGGCGAAGUUCACUUACGGACUCUGUCCCGGGGGACAAGGUCGCGGCGCCGUAUAUCCCUCCACGGGAUCUACCGGCGCCAGCCAAAGCCAGGACUACGUCCGCACGUACUCGCAUGACGUCAACGCUCAGCACUCGCCAUCAAUGGGAGCAGACCGGUCUGAGACGGAGUCGCAUGGAUCCGCGAAGACGGCAGCGCAAUCGAUGGACUAUCCCGGCAGGCGACUCCUGCGGGACGACGCAGAGCCGGUGGACAUGUCGAUAAGCGGCGCCGAGCAGCACGAGGGUAGAAACAUUUACGGUGCGAUCGCUGGUCAGCAGCAGCAGCAGCAACACGUCCUGGACGAUUCGAUCAGGUACCAUCACAAGCAGUACCACAAGAGCUCGCUACACCUGGCUGGCUAUCGGGCCAAGUUCGUGCAGUGCCAUGGCGCGCAGUACGCGAGCGGAUGUGCGGACGUGUUAUCAGUGCCCGCGGCCAAGUAUUACCACCUUACCGACCUCGACCGGGACUACUGCUGCCCGGAACGCGGCGGUCUGCUGCUGCACAAGCGGCUGCCGGCGAAGGCUUUGAUCGCACCACCCCCAACCGUGGUUGGUUCGACGGCAGAACCGGCGCCGCCGGACACCGGCACCCUGACCGACAGUUGGGGCGCCAGCCCGGCAUGGUCGGACGCGCUGCAGAGGGUGCCUGAUGUAGUUCACCAGGAGCUCAGUCCAUACAUCACCACGCCGACCACGCCAGUCAACACGCCCGACUCGGACACUCUGCACUCAGAGGCGCCAAUUUUCAACUUCGACUGGGCUGGCACCGAGCAACACGUGCCGAAUCUGAAAAUUACCUUUCACCGCGGCGGCGGUGGUGGCGUCGCCGCUGCCGUUUCCUCUUCCUCCUCCUCCUCCUCUGUCACCGGACAUCCGACUGGCCAGUCUAGGAAGCAGCAUCAGGACACGGUGCAACCUAUCACGCUACAGUUACCACGCAGGAAGGGGCAGUCCACGGAGAACGACGGCAAGGACUCGAAGUGAAGUUUCGGAAAGUUUGUUUCGGAAGACGGACGCGUAGUCCGGAAAGGUACAAUACGGUGGGAACGGGGAACCUGUUUCGUAUGCCGAAUUAGUUUUGCAAUAGUAAAAAUAAUAAAAAUCGUAAAAAUAGUAAAAAUCGGGAUUAUUCGGAGAGAAAGAUUCCGGGGAAGUGGGAGCCUACGAGCCUGAUCGGCGGUGUUUGGACGGUGCCACACAAGUGUGCCUUUUGUCACAGACAACGGAGUAUAUUCUUCCAAAUUCUAUCAGUAUCGCGUUAUACAAUUCUCUACACGCUCAUUCGUUUUUUUGUUUUUAUCUUCAUAACUCCUUUCUCUCUCUCUUUUUUUUUCUUUUGCACUCAUUCACUCACUCACAUAUGCGCAUUUAUUUCUUUCACUCUGUUUUCUCUUUCUUCCUCUUUGGCAUUUUUUUUAUACAUACUCUCGAAUCAUAAAUUUCUCAUUAAUAUAAAACACGUAUAUAAACAUAGACUGAUUACAUCGGUGUUUACAAUAAUCUACGAUUAAAAAAAGUCGUACAUCGUUUCGUUUUUCUUCGGUAUACGCUUUUAUGCGAGAACAUUCGUUUUGAGAUAAAUAGCACGCAUCGUACGCGUAUAUAAUAUAUAUAUAUAUAUAUAUUCCAAGUGUAUAUAUAUAUAUUUAUAUAUUUAUAUAUUAUAUAUAUAUAUAUAUAUAUAUAUAUAUAUGAGUGUGCAGUGUCGUAAGAGGGUACCCAGGUACAUAUGCGUGUGUAUGUGUGUGUGUAUGAGCGUACGUGUUGUAUGUGUGUGCGCUAUAUAUGUUUGAGAUUUUCCUUGAAAAAUACCUAAAUCUUAUGUUUAACACACGAUCGUGAAAUAUAUUCGUUUUGUACAUUUCAAUACAUUUCGACGAAGGAAGGUUCUUGCGCAACGUAUGUGUCGUGUAUGUUAUCUUGCGUCUCGACGUGAUACUACGGAAAUAGAUAAAUAAAGAGAGGCAGUUAAUCGUUACAUAGCAUA